AUGUCGGCGGCUUCACCAUCGCCUUCUAAAGAUGAUGUGGGUCUUGUGAUUUUUUUUUUUGGAGAACCGUACUUUUUACGGGUAUUUUCUCCUCUUUUUUGAUGAUUUUUGGGUUUUUUUCGUUUCGGAAAUUUGAGUUUGAUCAUAUUUUUCUUUAAUCUUCUGAUUUUUCCAAGCUUGAUUUCUGAUAGAAUUUUUCUGAAGAAUUUUUUUUUCUCUUUUUUCCAUGUCCUUAGUAGCUUCUUUGAGGGUUUUCCAAGCCUUCGGGGUCAUUUUUUUUAAAGGAAAGGAAACAUUUUUGAGUUGAAUAAUUUAUUUUCCGGAUCGUGAUAGUUUUGUACUUCUGGACUGCAUUUUUGGAAAAAAAAAUCUUCUUUUUGACCAUUUUCUAACAGCUGCAAAUGCACAGACAAGUGAAAAAAAGACCAAAAUUUUUUUUUAAUUCGAAAUCUUGAGCAAUUCAGGCUCUUUCCAAGUCCUUUUUAACGAUGAAAAAAACCCGAAUUUCUUGGAAAAAGCCUGAAUUUUUUCAUUAUUCCUACAGAAUCUUUGAAAAGUUUAUUGAUUUAAAAGAUUCUCAAGCAUAAGUCCUAUUCGAAAAAUUAAAAUUUAAACUCAAAAAUCACAGUUUAUAAAAAUACGGAUCCUUUUUCUGAACUUCUAGGCUUUUCCUCCAAGCUUCCAAAGCCAUUUUCACCAGGGAACACUACAUUUUGGCCCACAAAAAAGUAAAGAAGAUCGAAAUCGGAUUGAUCCAACACACCGACACACACACAAGUUUCGUGUUGAGCGGACGGAAAACCGGCGCCGAUUUCGCGUGGUUGGCGCGUCGCGACGAAUCGGACGAUGUCAACCUAUUUCCAUCCAUAAAACUCGUCCAUUUUCCGUCCCGAUUUCUCACCGGAACCUUCCUUCUGCGAUGGCGGGUUCUUCUGAUCAACCGAAUUGAGUUUUUUGGAGGCGGAAGGAAGGGUGAUAGACUUUAACGACCGGAUAGGAAAUUUAGAAGGAGAGUGAAGAAUCGAUUUUUCUGAUAAAUGGCGAAGCUAAGGAGUUUUUUUGUUUGGGUGGAAAUUUAAAAGAAGAGACUUUUUGACGGAAGGAGGUCCAUGGAAUUCGGACAUUACUGAAGAAUUUUUUGGAGCAAUUGAGUUUUUAAUCUCUCUGAUCUCUGGCAAAACUUUCCGGUGCAUAAAAUGAUUUUUUGACGGAAGUCAUUAAAGUUGAUAUCAGAGCUCUGAUAAUGUUUUUUUUUGUCCGUUUUCCUUCCCGACUUUUCACCGCAACCUUCUGCGACAGCGGGUUCUUCUGAUCAACUGAAUUGAGUUUUUGGAGGCAAACGGAAGAUGGAAAUUUUUUCAACGGCUGGAUAGGAAAUUUAGAAUAAGAAGGACUGGACAAUCGAUUUUUCCGAUCAAUAGGACAAUUCAAACGUUCACUUUGAAUCAAAUGAACUGAGGGCGUUUUCGUGGUGGAUCCUGAUAAAAUUGAUAUCAGAAACUUGGUCGUCAUUUUUUUUUUCUUGAUAAUUCGGGCGAUCCAGAAGAUUUUUAGAAAGGAUAAAACUGAAAUAAGUCGUCUUCCAAAGUUUUAAAUGAGAAGAACUGGAUGAAAAGUAGAAAAAUCGAUUUUUUUUUUCGAUUGAGAAAUUUGAUUUUAAAGUUUCAUUAUAUUUUUGAUAGGGAAUUCUAAAAAUUAGUCGUUUUUUUGAAAAUCUGAUACUGAUUUUUCAUACCAAACCCAUCAUUACCUAAAAAAAGUUUUUUUAGAAAAAAAAUUGACAUUUAGUAGACUUUUUCAAAUGAUUCGAUGGCUUUUUUUAGAACUUUUAAAAAAAUUUUUAGAUUCUUUUUAAAGUUCUUCGUUUUUAAAAACUUCAUAAUUUUUAAAUUGAAACGCCUUUUUUUGAUCAUUAUUCUAGGCUAGUUUCACUUAUCUGUGCUUUUCGAACUGUUGAAAGAUGGAUAAAAUUAAUAUUUUUUCCCAUUUUUUUCUUGCAGUAAAAAGAUUGUAGAUCAGUUCACUUUAUCGAGAACCUCGUCUAGUUUACGAAUAAAUCUUGUUAUUAUUUUUUUUUUUAAAUUGAAAUUUGUUCUUCUGAACCCCGAAUUUGAACUUUGUGAACUCAAAAUAUGCCAUUUCUCGGGCUUUUGAGCUCGCUUAAGCCCAUUGGCCAGCUGCAGCUUUUGCUCUUCAAUAGCUUCUGAAGAUGAUCCUUUAUUUAGGCCCGAGGGUAGUUUUCAGUGGUAAUAAUUGGUUGAUUUCUUGGAUUCUGUUCAAAAUUUGACCGAAAAAAAUAAUUUUCAAGCUCAAUUUUGACGGAAUCAUCAGAAAAAACACUCAAAAAUUUUUUUUUGUUUAUUUUCGAGCCUUUGAAAUCAAAUAAACGUAAAGAACAAAAUUUGGAGCUUUGAAAUAUAAUUAUUCAAAAAAAUCCAGAAUUCAGUAGUGAUUUUUUUAUGGAAUGCCCUUCAAACGUAGGAUACGGUAGUAAUUAAAAAGACUUUCAAAUUCCUAUAUAAUCCCAUAUUUUUUUGACGAAAGCUCUGAAUUCCUUCAAACUAUCUCGACCGGACAAUUUUUGAACUUAAUUUGUCAAAAUCACCUUAUAAAAUAAUUUUUCCUUAUUUUUUCCUUUCUAAAAACAGUAAUCAUCAGAAAGAGAAAAAGUCUCACUUUCUGAGGGUAGCUUUACCCUCUUAUUUGAAACUUUUUUCAUUUUUGAAAUUCACUGAAAGGAAGGAAAAAUCCAAUCUGAUGCGAUAAUGACAGACAGUAGCUUUAAACUGUCCUCCAUUAAAAAUUCGAAAUUUUUUUCCUAUUUCUAAAAGAUGUACAAAAGCUUGAAAAAUUCAAAAUCGCAUAAUUGAGACUACUUUCUUCCCAAAUAGACAGUAACCAACUGAAAGAAAGGAAAAAUCGGUUCUGAUUCAAUAAUAUUGGACGGUAUCUUUGAACUCUCCUCCAUUGAGAAUUCGGAGCUGAUUUUAUUCUUGAAAAAUGUCCAAAGCUCCAUCAAAUCCUAUAUUUUUGACGACAGCUUCACUAAGUUUUUGAGAUAUGAUUUUUAAAAGUUGCGGGAAAUUAGUUUUAGACCUAACUUUUCGACCAUCAAAUUUCGAAAAGUUAGGCCUGAAACUACAUUAAACGCAAAUUUCAAAAAUUAAUAUCUCAAAAACUAGAAAUUUGCGCAGGUAGCGACUAUGAGGUAUCUUCAUCUAGACCUUCAGAGAGUGUUUGAGCGGAUUUUUUGAAAAUUCCAAACCGCAAAGUAAAAUUACUUCCCGUAUAAUUGAAAAUACUCUCCUUGCCAAUAGACAGUAACCAAAUGAAAGAAUAAAAAUCCAAUCCAAUCUAUCCCCCCUGCCUGCCGGCAACUCUAACCUCCUCCAAACUAUCGCCGCAAAAUCGACAAAAAUAAACGGAUGGUUGGGAUGGCGCGACCGGCACACACACACAUACUUUUCAGUUUGGAAAGCAGAAAGAAAAAAAAGGAGCCGGGGCCGUUUGCCGUCGCAGUUUUCGUCGCUUUUUGUCUGUUUCGUGUUUGCUCUCGGCCGUGUGUCGAUCGGUUUCCGGUGAAACGGCUCACGCGCUUUUUUUCGUUCCCUUUCAACCCUGACUCUGAAGUUUUACCUUCAGUUACUUUCUACCUUGAUUCGGUUUUUUCUCGAGAUUUGAGUAUGGCUAGGUUGAGGAGUCAGAACUGAUCAUGAAAGUGUUUUUAUAAUUUAUCUCUAGGUAAGUUUUACCUUGAUUGUGUCUCUCGAAGUUGGAACAAACUCUUGGUUUUUUUCUCGAGAUUUUGAGGGAAUUGAUGAAUUUUGAGUAUUGCUAGGGUUACAGGCGUCUUAUGAGCUAGCUUUGAGGAGUCCAAACGGGCUCUGAACUUGAUUCUGUACUUCAAUGACGGGCAAAUUCUACCUUGAUCAAGUUUUUCUCGAGAUUUUGAGGAAAUAUAUGUGUUUUUGGUAUGGCUAGGGUUUGAGGGGUCUACUAAGGUUUGAUGAGGCUCGACUUGUUUUUAUACUUUACCUCCAGGUACUUCUUACCUUGAUUAGAUUUUUUCUCGAGACUCUGAAGGAAGUAAUGGAUAUUGAGUUUGCUAAGUUGAGGAGUCAGAACUGAGCAUGAAAGUGUUUUUAUAAUUUAUCUCUAGGUAAGUUCUACCUUGAUUGUGUUUCUCAAAGUUCUGAAAAAAAUAUUGGUUUUUUUUAGUAUGCCUAGGGUUUGAGGACUCUACUGGUCUUUGAGAGGUGAAAAUCGACCCUGAGCUUGGUUUCAUACUUAACGUCCAGGUACUUCCUACCUUGAUUAAUUUUCAUCUCCUGCUUUUAAGAAUAACAGUAAAUUUUGAGCAUGGCACAUGUUUGAGCAAUCAAAAGGGACUCUGAAGCUGUUUUUAUACUUUAUUUUCAGUUACUUCUCACCUUGGUUGAGUUUUUGUCGAGCUUUUGAAGAAAAUGAUGAACCUAGAGUAUGGUUAGGACUUGAGGGGUCUACUAAGGUCUUUGAGAAGAAUUUUUAACAGUUAUUUUUGAUACAUAAGUGAUUUAUCGAAGGUUUUCGAGUUGAGCAGUUGCAAAAAUUUAAAGAUUAGGACUGCGGACUCUUUUGGGAUCAAAUAGUGAUAUGGGAUCUUCAGAAAGUAGUUGUAUAGUGCUUUCGACCUUUGGAUGCUAUAAAGAGCUGCGAUUUCUGGAUUAUAAAACGUUCUAAAAGUGUUCCACGAACUUCAAGAUUUUUAUGUUUUCAUUGAGCUUCUGAGAUUCGAAUUUUUUUGGAUCUUCCAAAAUUAGUGUUUGUCAAUAAAGAAUAAGUUAUAACAGAGCUGUACAGAAAACUUGCGAAAAAAAAACUUUUUGAAUAAUUUUUCAAGAUUGAAGCUAAUUUAUAGAUUCAUAUUUCCUUUUCCUCUUUUCUUCUGGUUUGCAAUUUUGGCCAACCCAGGUUUUUGGGUUUCUCGAACUUUUUUCCUUCCCUUUUCAUCAUUUUUUUCAUUGCAGAUGGCCUUCCAACCGGCGUUCAACGCGCGGCUGAUCGAGGAGGUCAAACAGCACCAAUGCCUGUACAAUCAUACGAGACGUGGCAGUGGAGACACUAUCGAGAGGAUGAAGCUCUGGGACACCAUCGCCAAGAAGAUCGACAACAGUUGUUCGGGUUGGUUACGGGCCCAAAUCGGGGGAAAAUGCUCUAGAAGAACAAAUAAAUCGAUAAAAGUUGUUGCCGUGUUCAAUUUGAUUCCGCGAAAUGCGAAAUACCGUUAGAAAAAGGAAAAGAUCACUAAAUUUUGGAGAGUCAGAGAUAAUUACGCAUUUCGCGGAAUCAAAUUGAACACGGCAUGAGAAAAAUUGACAGAAAUAGGCUUCCAAAAGGGUCUUGUUCAGUUUUAAGCUUCGAAAAGGGUUUUAUUGAUCAAGAAAAAAAAAAUCAAACAGCUGGGACUUUUUUUAAUAAAAAAACUUUUUAAGAACGAUAAAAAAACAGCUUUACGGCUUGAUUUUCAGCAAGAAAAAAACGACUUCACAAAUUCAAAAAAAUUGGCAAAUUGGGAAAUGAUCUCAAGUCAAGUUUCUGAGAAAUCCGUAGAAAAAAAUUUUUCGAUUUUUUUAUCUUUUUUUAGCUGGCGAGAGAGAAGAGAGCGCAGACAGGUCAUACAGUCAUGAAAUUUUAAUCAAAAUGGCUUAGAAAAUGCUCAAAAAGGACCAGUUGACAGACGGAAUGAGUACUGAAAAACCUGUAAUAAGUUUAUUGAGAAAAAAUUGGGAUAUUUUCCAAACCGCGUUUUUUUCUGAACCGGCUCUAUACAUAGACCAGAAAAAAACUUAAAAAAAUAACCUUUUGGAAAAAAAUCCUUAAAAAAACCUUUGAAGAUCUUUUUUUCUUUGAACUUCUUUAAGAGGUAAAAGAUGGAAAAAAAGAGAUUCAGAUAAAUUUUUGACACCUUCUUAGGAACUCAAAAAAAGCUCUAGAUUCUUGUUUUUGAGGCUUUUUUGGACUUUGUCCCUGUUUCCGUUGCUUUUUGAUCCAUUAAAAGACAUUUUUUCGGUCCGGAAAAAAUCCCAUUUUUCCCCCUUUUAAUACACUUUUCGCCAUAUCGUCCAAGGCAAAUGGAUAUUUGUAACAUCUGGUGGCAAUCGAUAUCGUUCGCCGGAAAAAAUGACCACUUUUCCUGAAGAUCUCCCUGGAGUAAUGGAGGAGGUCGUUUGGAAUAAUCUUUUAGUGAUUUUUUCGUAAUUUUCAAAUUCCUCAUGUCCAACGGACUCCAAAGCAUAGUAAAUUUGAAAAAUUAACGAGAUUUUUUUGAUUUUUUUGUAGGCUGAAAGAAGUUCAAAAUGAAAAAAACAUGAAUUACAUUCAAAAAAAUAACACUGGAAAAAAAGGCUUUUUUUCGCGUCGAGACCUUUAUCAAAUUGAUCCAUGCUCCUUUAAAAAUACAGAAAGACUUCAAAGCAGAUUUUUCUUUUUUUUUUUACUUUUCCAUUUGAUUUUUUAUUCUUUUCACAUUGAUAUAUAGUUUCGAGUAGUUCAUAAAACUUAAAAACCGACUUUUCCACGUAAAAAUUCGUUUCUAGAGUUGUUUUCCUCGUAUAAAUUAUUCAGAACACCUCACGGUUUUUUUAAAGGAGCAUAGACAGAAUUUAUGAAGGUCUCGACGCGAAAAGUCUUUUUCAAAGUUAUUUUUGAUCAUUUAACCCAUGAGCCUUCAAGUUGAGUAUCACGACAAACUUUUGAUUCAAAUCGAAGACCACGAUUUCUGGCGACUGGCCAAUAUAUAUAUAUACUCAGACUGACGUGAAGGCUCCGGCCCAGCUUCCUUCCGUUUAUUGCCGAAAACCGGGCCAGACGGAUCCAAUUUCUCUAAAUGAAACCAAGACACAAGGCCACGCAUGGAAAACAAUGAAUCUCUUCUUUUUUUUUUCUUCGUCUGAGCUUCGAAAUGGAUCUUUUGAUAUUGUUGGAUUGAAUGAAAGUUGAGAAGUUAUUCUUUUUUUGGGGGACUCGAACAUCAAGCCUUUUUCACCUAGAAAAUGGUAUUUUUUUAAAAAAAAAAAUUAUAGACAGUUUACAAGUUUACAAAGUUUAUUGAGCUUUUCUACGCUCCUGGGAAAGUUUUUUUAGUGACCUCUAUAGGUGCUCGCCAAGAAUUACUUGGAGAAGACACUAAAGUGACCACUAAAACGACCUCUAUAGUGGCCACUAUCAUCCUUUUCAGUGGCCACUAUAGAGGUUCUCUAUUUAGUGGCCACUUCAGUAGUUUUUCAUCCAUUAUUCCUUCCAGUAACUAUGAUAAUUUCAGAACAAAUAGAUUGGACCAGUUAUGUUGAUCCAUUGACCAAUAAAGUGGCCACUAAAAUUUUUAGUGAUCUAGUAGUAGCACUUAGACCUCUAUAAUGGCCACUAAUUUUUAACCCCUUAAGUGGCCACUAAUUUGACUACUAUAGGGGCCACCAAAACAUCAGAGCCCUAUAGUGGCCACUACAAAUUUUCGCAGUUUAGAGUUUUUUUCGGAUUUUCCAGGUCUUACCAAAAAUAUAAAUAUGUAUUGACCUCGCAAUUGGAGUACCUUAUGAGGUAAUGAAACUGUUCGAGCUAUAUUGAAAAUUCUGAUUUUUAGGGGGUCUUUGAUCGAAUGUUUAUUAAUUCAAAGUUUUUUUCCGAGCUGUCGAUACUUCGUGUGAAAUUUUUAAAAUGAUAAAUUUUUAUGCGGAUUUCAGAAUAACAAUAUUUUUCAGGCGAAUUCGCGAAAAAACGAUGGCUCCAACUGAGGGAUCGGUACCGGAAAGAGCUGAAAAUGGCGAUCAAGAACAAUUUCGUGACCCCGAUUCGUUGGUGUUACUUCAGUCAACUGUCUUGGCUCGACCCCUAUCUGAAAGAUAACAUGUGAGGAUUUUCUGAAAUUCUCAUGUUUCAGAUAAAGGUUAAAACUUCCAAAACUUCCCAAUUUUGAAGAAAAGAAGCCUUAAAACGAUCAAAAAUCGAUAUAAUCAAAAGUUGCGCCCUUGUUUCUCGAAAACUAGGAAUUUUCGUAAAUUAAGACUUUCAGAAUCACUUUCUGGUACUUCAAGGAUCACUCUGACCCAUUUUUAAAAAUUCCAAACCGAAAAAUAAAAUGGCCUUCUUGUAAGUAUUCCCAGAAAGAAAUUGAGAUUUUCCAGCGCCCUCGCCGCCGACGGAAUGCAUCUGGAUGGAACGACGACCCCGCAGCUUCAGAUGCCGAAUUCUGGAGGCAAUGGCCAAUCCGGAUCCCCGGCCGGCUUCAACUGGUUCGACUUCAGCACCCUGACCUCGCUCCAGGACGAGAAUAUGGACGAGAGUGAGUUUUGAGGGGUCAUUCUAGGGUUUUUGUUAGUUUUCUGAUUUUUUUGAUGAAGUUUGAGGGAAUAUUUAAGCUUUUUAUAGCUCUGGAAGUUUUUUGUAUAAAAAUUGACGACAUUUGCCUCGCAGUUAUACAGCGAGAAGGAAUCUGUGUCGCGUAGACGCCUUUGCUACGAGUUUGCAGCGUGGUGUAGUGGCUAGCGCGCUUGCACUGCGUAGAAUGGUGUCAGGGUUCGAGUCCUUUCGCCGAAAUUCCUUUUUGCCAUUUUUUCCUUGGAAGUAAUCUAUCAAAAAUAUUGAAAUUUUGUUUCCUCAGAAUAAAGAGAAUCCAAAUUUGAGCCUUUAUGACUAGAUUUCGCGAAAAUUUGUACCGUUUUUUCUGAAACUUUAUUUUUUACCAUUCACUGUGAUGCCAGAGCUUGUCAGAGUCAUUUCUUACAUAAAAUUCUUCAUUUUUCUUUUUAGACGACGAUCUUGAAUCGAUGGACGCCCCAUACGACGCGUCAGCUUCUGUACUCGACCGCCUCCUCGCCACGACCCAUCCCCGGCCGAACAGCACCUCGCCUGGAAGUCCGUCUUCCAGAAUAUUCCAUCUCAAACCAUGCUCAUUUCCAGUGGACAACGACGACUCGGGACCUCACAGCGUCGGCACGUCCGGCCUUGGCGUCGACGUGGAAGACGAACAAGCGCCGACGUCUUCUGAGAAUCGGCCGACGACGUCGACGCCGACCUCCGGACACUUCAAUCAUCACGACGACACGGAUGGAGACAUGGAAGCCGCGUCUGGAAACGAAGAUUCGCCGUCGCAGAAAAGGAGCGACGCGCGUUUUGCAACGUCGCUCGCGACACAGCUCGCCAACUUGCCCAAGGGGCCUGUCAAGAACGAGAAUGGAUAUGGAGAUGCGACGGUGAAUAUUCUCUUCUUGCAAGGGAAAAAAUUUGGUUGAAGUAUUUCAGUGUUCCAGAAGUUUUUGUAUGAUUUGAUUGGCCCAAAUUAUUAUUUUUCUCGAUUGCAGACACACACUCAAUUGCCUCCAUUCACGUACAAGGAUCAAUACCUUCGACAGAACCGCCAACACCAACAGCAGCACUUGUUGAGGGCCCAAAUGUUGCAGGUGAUUUUGAAAAACAAUAAAAAGUUGAAAAAUUAAAUUUUCGUGUAGAUGAAAAGAUCUAACAAGCUUUCCAUUUUUGUUCAAACUUUUUCGAUAAAUCAACUUUUUUUCAUCAGAAGAUAAAUUCCAGGCCGGUCGAAUGGCCAUGGAUUGGAUGAACGACGAGGAUUUGCUCUACUGUCGUAUCAUUGGCCUGAAACUGAAGAAGAUGGAUGUGAAAAAGCGGAAAAAGGUUGGUUUGAAGAAAAUUUGUAACCAGAGAAUGUAGUAGGGCUUCCACAGGUUUUUUUCAGAUUUGUUGAAGUUUUUUCGGUUUUUUAGGCUUUUUAAUCAUUCAUCAAUCCAUCUAGAAGUUCCCUAGUCUUUCCCAAAUUUGAGAAGCCUUUUCUAGAUUCAGGAGGAUUUUCACUGAAAAAGGCAUAUUUCAGACUUUUAAACGGGUCUUUUUAUUUAGCAGUUUUUUUUUUCCAAAAAAUCUGAUUCGUUUUAAGUUUUGAAAGUUUCCUUGGCUUUUUUUGAACUCGGUUUGAUGGUUUCCUAUUUUGUUCGAGAAAUAUUUGUUUCGUUCAUUUUUACGAUUUUUAUAGAAGAGGGAGUUUGAUUCAUGAAAAUUUCAAUCAAUUUUUUUUUCUCAUCAAACUUCCUUAAGAUCCGCGACCAAAUCAUGGCUCUUUUGGACGAAUCCGAGCCGGAAAAUGAAGAAACGACCAACGUCGAUCCAGAAGACGUCGAGCCGCCGACCAAAAUCGAAACUUCUUAA